CAAAACACAAAACCCCACUAAAGCCCUAAGCCCCUUUCUCCUCAUAUUUCCGUAGCCCUAAGUUCUUUGUCCGCCGUGCUCUCUACUCUCUCCACCAAUGGCGUCUCGCUUCAGAUCUCUCUCAAAACCAACACUCUCACUCCUCAAUUCCGCCAUUUCUAGACCUGCCAGACCCAUGUCUUCUCUCUCUCCCAUCCGCUCUUCUCAAGGCAAGUCGGUUCAUCAACUGGGUUGUGUUGAAUCUCUACUUCCGCUGCACACGGCGGUUUCUUCGGCUCGGCUAACGUCUUGCCUGGGCGUUGAUUCGAGGAGUUCGAGGUCGUUGUCUCAGGAGUUGGGUCUCAGCGUGCCGCGAUAAGAGAUUUCAGUUAGAAGAAGACAAGAGGUUGGUAGAUCUCAGAGUUAAUGCUUCUCAUGUUGGAUGUCCUUUUCAUCCUCGAAGUUAUUUUUACCGGUCCCCAGAGCUGGGAAUAUUGUUGCAAGAAUCAAUCUCAACUCAUCUUUUCAUAAUUGUCGGGGAAAUUUUCUUUGAAUUUCAUUUUGUUUUCAUUUGGAUUCUCUUAUACCAUCAAUGCACUCGAGUUAGGAAUGUCUCACUUGAUGAAUAAAGAUGAUGGUCUUCAAGUUUA